AUGCUAAUACCCAAUCAAGCUAGUUGGAUGGUCAAGAAAAUUAUUGAGGCAAGAGUAGCAGCUUCCCUGCUUCAAACUGUGAAUAAUGGGAAACAGCUUAUACGGCAGACCUAUCUCCGGUUAUUGGAUCAUACUAUUAGAGUUCCUUGGAAAUGUUAUAUGUUUCGAAAUGCUACUAGAACAAAGGCAAUCUUUACACUGUGGUUACAUUUUCAGGAUAGACUACCUACAAGAGAGAGACUGCUGAAUUGGGGUAUGGACAUUGAUGCUGGUUGCAUGUUCUGCACUGCCUUCCUAGAGACUAGGAAUCAUAUGUUUGUUGAGUGUGUAUUUUCCCAAGCUGUUUGGACCAGACUAAUGCAAUGGCUCCAGAAUCAGAAUUACAAUGCAAGGACUUGGGAACAACACUUGACAUGGAGUCUAACACAUGGAAAAGGUAAAUCUCAGAAAUCUCAAAUCUUCAAGCUUGUGUACACUGAAGGGGUUCAUGCUAUAUGGUUGAAGAGGAACCAGAGAGUAUUUGAAGGUCAGAGUAGAUCAGUGGAACAAAUUACUAAGGAUGUGGCAUUCGCUUGCAAUGUGAGAGUUGCUCCUAGAAUUAGUGGACUGCUACAAACGUACCUAUUCUAG